CCCCAGAACACUUUAUACAUUCACUUUAUCCCUCAUCUCGCCUUCUCUAUCAAUCAACUUAUCAGAACACAUUCCCCCAAUCUUUACCAUCAAACUCAAAUCCUCUACAAGGAAAUUUUUGAGCUAAAACACUCACUCGGAUUACAACACUCACUUCCCAUAACAGUCACUAACACCCACCCGGUUUACAACACCCACUUCCCAUAACACUCACUAAACACCAAAGACAAACACCAAGACACCAUGGUCGAAUCAAAUAUCACGCGCGCAACAUCCAAGAAGAUCAAAGAAUCCACCGGCGCCAGCGGUAAUAGAGAUAAGUUAGAAGACAUUGCCAUCACGAACGCGUUGAUCCCAUCGGACGGGCAAGCAGAUAGUGUUCGAGCCCAAGAGAGCAUAGCCAAACAAGCCCACGGCGGACCCGGACAAGCCCAUAGUGGCACAAGCCAAGCCCAUACUGGCAUCAGUCACGCCCAAAGCGGCAUUGGUCAAGCCCACAGUGGCAAUGUUCAUGAACACUCUAACGAUGAAAUACGAGCAGGUGACGUUCUGUACUCCUCGAUAGCAGACAUCAGCAAAUCACGCAGAGAUCGAGCCCAUGCGGCAAUGCAUAUACCGAUCCCUUUAGACAAGAAUCACAGCGAGACACGCAAUGACCGAGCCCAAGUGGCAGUAAACGUACCGGGAGAAGCGGAAGAGAUAGUCGUAGACAGAUCCCCAGCAAUAAUUUCAUCAUCUGUAUCAUCGACCUUGAUGAACGAGCGUCAGGAAAUGUGGAAUCGCGCGACCGCCGCCCAAGACGCAGGCGAUACCGCCCUUGCUGAGAUGCUGUUUAAAGCCAUUGGAGCAAUCACCUCGCAACGCUUCACGGUGCAAGAGACACCCAGAGCGAGCAACGUCGCAGAGCCGUUUGCAGUUCCGAAGUACAGCGGUUUGACCGGUGUCACAUACCACCCUCCUCAAUUGAUCCAACAUGCAGAUACAUCGUCCCACUCAGCUGCAAAAAAGUUCUUCCUGACCGAAGGAGACCUCGUUUACGCUAUCGGGUCGGUCACAAACCACAAUAGCGUCGGUUUCGCCCCUUUCCUAGAUGAAAACAUCAGGAAGCUGAGAUCACCGUUACCGUUGACCAUUUUCAACCGCAAAUGGCAACAACGAGCGAUGGCCCACCAUUUAGACAGACGCCAGAGAUCAGACGAAUCUUCGAACGACAAAGAUAAGUCGGGUGGCUAUAAAGGAUUCGCGUUUAUCCAAGAAUGGACCCAGACAUACGCGCAAUGGACUCGAAACCACCGAGCAUUCCGCAAGACUUUACACGACGUGUACAAGAUCAUAGAAUUCUCCAAGUUGCUUGGGACCCACAAGAACAACUGCGAUGAUAUAACAGAAGAGUUCGGGUUCAUGGUAGCUUUCAGAUACGACAUGGAAGUUCGCAACAACACUUUCUCACAUCGGAUCACGGACGAAGACGUCAAGAACGCCAUCCCAGACAUUUCUCAACGUAAGGAGUCCGUCGUAGAGCAAUGCUACAAUCAAUGUAGAAAUUUCGGAGAAUUAGACUGGGAAGAAAACCUCUACGCCCCAGGACUCUCCCACGCAAACUACGACCCCCUCACAGGGUGCCUAAGACAGCAACGCCAGGCGCAAUUCCCCACCAACAAUCAUAUGAUAAAUAACCCGUACAUGCAACAACAUCAUAUGCAGAACAAUUUCUUUAACCAGAACUACAACAGCAACUAUCAACAAAGAAACCAUAACGGCAAUGGUGGGGGGCCGAAUGGGGGAGGACAGUUUUAUAAUCAAGGCUACAGCAAGCAAGGCAACCCCGAAGGAAAUAAACGCCCACGUGGCGGUUACCGAGGGUCCAAUUUCUCUGAGAACCCACAAGGCAAAUCAGACGGGCAUAGGAGGAAUAACCCGAAUUGGCCUAUUCGCGCCUCAUGUGAGAUGAACAUAACGUGUUGGCAAGAGGCCCUCAAGAAUGCAGGAUUGGCCAAUGAGUACAGCGAUGUACUACACGGUUUUAGGUAUGGGUUUAACCAAGGGAUACCAGACCACAAGAUAGGAAAUUUAUCAUGGUUCACCCCAGAUAAUCACCUUUCAUCAUCCUUGGCUAGAGAGAAGAUAACAGAUUCCAUGAAAAAAGAAAUCGACGCUAAGCGGAUGUACAGACCUUUCACUCAUGAAGAAGCCUACGCACACUUCGGAUUCUUUCGUUCAAGCCCAUUAGGAGCAGUGGUGAAUGGUGACGGUUCGGUUAGACCAAUCAAUGAUCUAUCUUUUCUGAGGAAUGACUCCUACAUUCCCUCAGUAAACUCGUUUGUGGAUAAAGACGACUUCAAGACAACGUGGGAUGAUUUCAACACGGUAGCAUCCUUUUUCAAAAACUUGAAGAACCCAGUAGAGCUAGCCUUAUUUGACUGGGAGAAAGCGUAUCGACAGAUACCAACUCACCCAUCACAAUGGAGGUAUCUCAUGGUUAUGGGUUUAGACGACAACCUGUACCUGGAUACAAGAAUUACCUUUGGAGGGGUGGCAGGGUGUGGCUCGUUCGGGCGCCCAGCCGAUGCUUGGAAACGUAUCAUGGAAGAAGAGUUCGAUCUCAUUAAAGUAUUUAGAUGGGUCGAUGAUAACCUCUUCAUUAGGGAAUUGACAUCAACGGCUAGCAUGACGAACAUAAUCAACAGAUCUAUACAACUAGGGGUUUUAACAAACAAGAAGAAAUGUUCCUCGUUUUCAGACGAACAGAAAUUCAUCGGUUUCAUAUGGAGCGGUAAAGAUAAGACUGUGAGGUUACCAGAGACAAAACUAGCGGAUAGGAGGAGACAGAUACAAGAAUUCAAGGACACAUCGAAGAAGUUCUCAUUCAACGAAGUAGAAAUUUUGACCGGGAGACUCAACCAUGUCUCAUACAUCUUACCUCAAUUGAGAUGCUACUUAAGAGCGCUAUAUAGGUGGAUGUCAAAUUGGUUUGACUUGCAGGCAAAACGUAAAACUCCACUAGACGUUUUAGAAGAUUUAUCAAGAUGGGAGUCGACCUUGGAAUCAUUUCAAGCGACUCGAUUGAUCAUCCCUUCGGAACCUAGAGAAAUCGGUUGGGUAGGUGAUGCCUCAUCGAGUUUCGGAGUCGGAGUACUCGUUGGGAAAUACUGGUCUCAACUGAGCCUACAAGAGAAGUGGUUCAGUAGCGGUAACGUCCGAACGAUCGCAUGGUUGGAGACAGUUGCGGUAAGGGUAGCGGAAUCAGUGAUUGAAAAGAGGAAAUCAAAGGAUGCGGGAGUGAACGAAGAGUGGAAGUGGAUACAGGACACACUCAUUCAGGAGCAGUUUGACAUAACGGGACGCCGAGUUACGUCAAAGAAUAAUGUCGCGGAUGCCUUGUCAAGGGGUAUCGUGGGAAAUCUGAAGGCGGAGAACAGGGUCCAUUUCCCGUUACCAGAGGAUUGGGAAGGGUGGUUAUCUCAUUCAAAGUAA